GUUGCUACGCGACCGAUUCCGAUUACCAGUGAAGAUGAGCAUUUCGUCACUAUAGGUCUGUGGCGCGCACGGAUCAAUCCAGUGGAUCACGACUAAGGGCUUCCUCGAUCUAUAAAUACAUGCCCUUCUUUCUCUCUUUUCCCGUUCCUUACAACACUUACACAUACACAAUUCGCAACAUGACUGCUCAAUGGGUUUACGCUGCCGGAUCCGCUUGGGUCACCUUUGAUUCAGCAACACAAAAAAUGAUUGAAUCACUUUGGGAAAGAGACGGUGCCACUUGGAUCAAUUGCCAAUGCUUCCAUGGCCCUAUUUACGUAGAUACCUCUGAAAUGGUUGUCCAUUUCAAUAAUUACUCUUAUACAAUUGCCAGAAGAAAAUGUUAAUCAAAUCAAAUAAUUACCAACCAUAUACACUCCUUUCAACCUUCAUUCAAGCCAGUACAUUAUAGAUAACACAUAUGCCCAAAUUACGCGUCUUUCAAUAUUUAUGGAAGAAAUAUGUCUAUGCUCACUAUUGCACUUUCCUCUCAUUCGCUGUAUAUUAUUUAUUAUUCAUUCAUUCUCUUCUUUUGCAUCAACACACACACACACAAAUACCCCCUCACAACCUUUUCUUGUUUAUUAGAAUCUGUAUAUUAUAUACCUGUGCGUUUCUUUUCUAUA